CCCUCCCGUCGAAGCCUCGCCCGAAAUCAACCGCCACCACAAUCAUCACCACGUCCACAAUGCGUACCAUAAACCAAACCCCAAGCCAAAGCCGAAGGCCACACCAGUCGAUGCUCACCACCACUACCAUCAACACCAGCAUCAACACAUAAUGACACCACCUCCCUCCCCACCACCCGCACCCGCACCAGCAGCAGAACCAGUCCGACACCAUGUGCACUACACCUAUCCUAUUCCUCGCAACGUGAGGCUUCCGACUCCCGUUCCUACCGAUUUCGAAGAGGAAGCUGAAGAAGAAGAUAUCUACAAGGAAGCGAGUUAUCUUCGGCAUUACCAUCACCACGAUCACCGGCACCAUCAUCAGCAUGCUUCACGGGCUACUAUGCCCAAGACCCAUCAGUGUCGCCAUGGCCACCAUAUUCACGGGCAGUUCGCGGGUCACUGCAAGCACCAGACACACCCGAAGACCCAUAUGCAUACGCAUACGCCCACUCAUGUCCAUAACCAUGGACCUGCUCAUACUCACGCCCACGCUCAUGGGCAGAAAGGGCGGUAUGCGUAUGGGCCUCCGUUGCCGGUGUUUGUGAUGGGGUUUCCUGCGGGGGGUUAUUGA